AUGAUGCCGAAUGACACUUCUGGAGAGGCCUUUGUCUUGGUGGGUUUCUCUGCUCAGCCUCAGUUAGAGAAGAUCCUCUUCAUGGUUGUCUUAAUCUUCGACCUCCUAACUCUGGUUGGCAAGAUGGCCAUUAUUUUGGUGACCCGACUGGAUCUCCGUCUCCAUACGCCCAUGUACGUCUUCCUGUCUCAACUCUCCCACAUGUACCUCUGCUUUACCACCAGCAUCGUCCCCCAGCUGCUGUGGAACAUCCGGGGGCACUCCAAGACCACCACCCUGGUCCAUUGUGCGGUCCAGCUCUACAUGUCCCCGGCUCCGGGUUCGACGGAGUGCAUACCUUUGGUCAUCAUGACUUUGGACCAUCACGCUGCCAUCUGCAGACCCCUUCACUACACCACUAUCAUGCACCCGCGACUCUGCUGGGCCCUGGUGGGCUUAGCCUGGCUGGGUCGGGUGGGGGACACCGCUAUUCAGGUCACCGUCAUAUACCACCUGCCCCGCUAUGUACACCAGCGGCUUUCCCACUUCCUCUGUGAGAUGCUUACCAUGCUCAAGUUGGCAUGUGUGGACGUUCGGGCCAAUGAGAUCCAGCUCUUCGUGGACACUUUGGCCCUGACUCUCCUACCCUUCAACCUGAUCACAGUCUCCUAUGGGUCCAACACCCGGGCAAUGCUGAGGAUCUACAUCUCCUUCUCUGGGACUCUGGAUAAGUUUCUGACCGUCUUCUUCACUGUGGCUACCCCCACACUCAACCCGCUCAUCUAUACCCUGAGGAACAAGGAUGAGGCCUCUUCUGGGUUUGAGGAAAAACGAAAGAGAAUGGAUGGCAUUUCCAUGUCCUUCGGGACUGCAGUGCUGUUUCAGAUCACCAUCAGGACCUUGGUGAAUGUACUCCUCCUGGUGUUUUAUAUCCGUAUGGUGUCCAUCAACCCCAAGUUCAGCUACUUGGGUCUGAUUUUCAGCCACCUGACCUUGGCCAACACCAUGAUUCCUCACCCUCGGAAUUCCGGAGACCCUGUCAGCCUUGGGAUGGAGAAAUUUCCUGAGUGA